CGGGCGGAGCCGAGUGGGCAGCGGCCGCUCCGCGCCAUCUCGGGCUUCCGCGCCAUGGACGACGGAGACGAGACGUCGGGGCCCCGCGGGGGGCCGCGGCCGCUCUUGGAGCAGCUCUCGGGGGCCGGCAAGGCCAUCGGGGUGCUGACGAGCGGCGGGGACGCGCAGGGUAUGAAUGCCGCUGUCCGUGCUGUGGUCCGCAUGGGUAUCUACGUGGGUGCCAAGGUCUACUUCAUCUACGAGGGCUAUGAAGGGAUGGUGGCUGGCGGGAGCAACAUUGUGGAAGCCAACUGGGAGAGUGUGUCGAGCAUCCUGCAGGUGGGUGGGACCAUCAUCGGCAGUGCCCGCUGCAAGGCCUUUCGUUCCCGGGAAGGCCGCCUGAUCGCUGCUCUCAACCUGGUACGCUAUGGCAUCACCAACCUGUGCGUCAUUGGCGGCGAUGGCAGCCUGACAGGCGCCAACAUCUUCCGUCAGGAGUGGGACGGGCUGCUGCAGGAGCUGGUCCGCAAAGGUGACCUAAAGAAGGAGGAUGCGCAAAGGUUCGCACACCUCAACGUGGUGGGCAUGGUGGGCUCCAUCGAUAACGACUUCUGCGGCACCGACAUGACCAUUGGCACCGACUCGGCGCUGCACCGAAUCAUGGAGGUAGUGGAUGCCAUUAUGACCACUGCCCAGAGCCACCAGAGGACCUUCGUGCUGGAAGUGAUGGGGCGCCACUGUGGGUACCUGGCCCUGGUGAGUGCGCUGGCCUGCGGGGCUGACUGGGUGUUUCUUCCCGAGGCGCCACCAGCUGAGGACUGGAAAGAAAGCCUGUGUGUGAAACUGGCAGAGAACCGUGCCCGGAAGAAGCGACUGAACAUCAUCAUAGUGGCCGAGGGCGCCAUCGACAGCCUGAACAAACCCAUCAGCUCGGAGCAGAUUAGGGAGCUCGUGGUGUCUCAGCUGGGCUACGACACGCGGGUGACCAUCCUGGGCCAUGUGCAGAGAGGCGGGACCCCCUCGGCCUUCGACAGGAUUCUGGCUAGCCGCAUGGGCGUGGAGGCAGUGGUAGCCCUCUUGCAAGCCACGCCGGAGACUCCGCCCUGUGUGGUGUCGCUGUGCGGGAACCAGGCUGUGCGCCUACCAUUGAUGGAGUGCGUGGAGAUGACCCAGGACGUGCAGAAGGCCAUGGAUGAAAGAAGGUUUAAGGAUGCCGUGAAGCUCCGAGGAAGGAGCUUCGAGAGCAACCUCAAUACCUAUAAGCGACUGGCCAUCAAGCUGCCUGACUCCCAGAUCACAAAGAGUAACUUCAAUGUAGCUGUGACCAACGUGGGGGCGCCUGCUGCUGGCAUGAACGCUGCCGUGCGCUCCGCCGUGCGCAUGGGCAUCUCGGACGGACACCGUAUGCUGGCCAUCAGUGACGGCUUCGAGGGCUUGGCCAAGGGCAAGAUCCAGGAGAUCGGCUGGGGUGAUGUCGGGGGCUGGACCGGCCAAGGAGGUUCCCUGCUGGGGACCAAAAGGACCCUGCCCGGGAAGCUGCUGGAGGAGAUUGCAGCACAGAUACGGGCUCACUCCAUCAACGCGCUGCUGGUCAUCGGGGGCUUCGAGGGAUACCUGGGGCUGCUGGAGCUGUCGGCUGCCCGUGACCGCUUCCCCGAGUUUUGCAUCCCCAUAGUGAUGGUCCCCGCCACUGUCUCCAACAACGUGCCUGGCUCCGACUUCAGCAUCGGCUCGGACACAGCCCUGAACACCAUCACUGACACCUGCGACAGCAUCAAGCAAUCAGCCAGUGGGACCAAGCGCCGCGUGUUCAUCAUUGAGACCAUGGGCGGCUACUGCGGCUACCUAGCCAACAUGGGGGCGCUGGCAGCGGGGGCUGAUGCUGCCUACAUCUUUGAGGAGCCCUUCGACAUCCGGGACCUACAGGUCAACGUACAGCACCUGCGGGAGAAGAUGAAGACCACCAUCCAGAGAGGCCUGGUGCUCAGGAAUGAGAACUGCAGCUCCAACUACUCCAUCGACUUCAUCCACCAGCUUUACUCGGAGGAGGGCAAGGGAGUGUUCGACUGUCGCAAGAAUGUGCUGGGCCACAUGCAGCAGGGUGGCGCACCCUCCCCCUUUGACCGAAACUUUGGGACCAAGAUUUCUGCCAGAGCCAUGAACUGGAUCACCCAGCAGCUGAAGGGGAAAGGGGCAGGGCAAAAGUUUGACACAGAUGACUCCAUCUGUGUGCUGGGGAUCAACAAGCGGGACAUCAUCUUCCAACCCGUGGUGCAGCUCAGGGACGAGACAGACUUCGAGCACAGGAUCCCCAAGGAGCAGUGGUGGCUCAAGCUGCGGCCCCUCAUGAAGAUCCUGGCCAAGUACAAGGCCAGCCUGGAGGUGUCCGAGUCAGUGCAGCUGGAGCAUCUGAAUCUACGCAGCCGGGAGCCCUCCACCAUGUGACCCUGUCCUGUCUGUGCUGCUGCCGUUUGACCCUCUGGCCCUGCCCGUUUUCUAGCACCUAAGUUAUUUUUCUGCACUUGAAAUGACUUUCGUUGACCAGUGAUCCUGGUCACAGUCCCCGCCCCGCUGUGUCUGUGCUACCGCCACGGAAUCAAUAAACACUUGCUGGGCUCCCACAUGCAGUCAGCUUCCUGCUGCAUGCCCCUGUGGGGCCAGCAACUUGCACUGCGA